AUGGCCACAGAGGGCCCACCGCCUCUCCCGCCUCAUCUUGGCACAAUCACGAGCUCUCAGCUGAUAGGAACGCUGCUCAACUUCUGGUUGUUUGGCACUCUGUUCAUUCAAGUCUACGUGUAUAAGAUAUGUUUCCCUAAAGAUCGACCCGCUAUCAAAGCACUCGUAUAUUUUGUGUUCUUUACGAUGCUUGUGUGCUCCUGCCUCAACGCUGCGGACGCUAACCGCUGGUUUGGAGACGGAUUUGGCAACCUUCUUGAGUUCUCCAAAGCUGGAUUCUCCCCAUUCUAUACACCGUUAAUGGGCUCCGUCAUCGCGCUCUCCGUUCAGCUCUUCUACUGUUAUCGCAUCAGCGUAUUCCGCGAGUACAAGUGGACAGUCUGGUGGGCAGGGGCCAUCGCGGUAGUGUCCUUGCUUCAAGCUGCCGGUGGCAUGGGAGGAGGUAUCAAGGCAUUCAUUGAGUCGAACGAACAACAUGACCAGACUAGAACCGUCCUUGUCUACAUGUGGCUAGUCGGUGCCGCUGUUGCAGAUAUCAUGAUUGCUGGCACCAUGACGUAUCUCCUCUCACAAGCGUCGGAACCGCACACGAGGGACGUUGUUCAGGGAGUCAUUCGACUUAUCAUCGAGACAAACUCAUUUUCCGCGUCCGUUGCUAUCAUUGGGCUCGCUCUAUUCGCUGGAAUGCCGACAAGCGAUUACUUCAUUUGCCCCACAAUGAUUUUACCCGGCAUAUAUUCCAACACGCUCCUCGUUCUCCUCAAUAACCGCGCAGCCCCUUCCCGUGCUCGUGGUCGACCUGACUACGGCUCCACUGACCCCGACGCAAUGUACAGUUCUGAAGUCACGACAACGGCAAACGGUACCAGCGUUGGCCAUAUGUGGAAGGCGAUGCCAACAAGUCCUGGUGUUCAACUCCAGAGACUCGACUACAACUCCGCAACGAAAAAGGCACCUGUCUCAGCAGCCCAAAUUGUCGACAUCUCCUCGGCCGGGGCAUUUGUUGCUGCACCAAAUCCUGCCUUUGGGAUCACGUCCGAAGAUUAUGAUUUGGAGAGUGUCCAUAAACGAAAUUAUAGCAUCGACGCGUACCGAAGCACUGCCCCCUCACCCAAACCGAUCCAAGAACAGCCCAUCCAACCUCGACGACAAGCCUCAAAGAGACUUGUCAGCGAGUGGGAUGAUGCCAGUUACAAGACAGGGGACAGGAAUCCAAGAGAGGGCAGUAGCCUGGAUCUGACUGAGGUAGAGACGACGCAUCCGUAUGGAAGUGCGGGCACAUAUACCACAUGGGCACGAUAG